AAGGCGAUCGGUUUGAGGGGCCGUCCAACUACAAUGACGACGAUGAUGUUAGUGAUUUGCUCGAGACUUUCAAAAGGACAGUCUCCAGCAUGCCCCAGACACGCAAGCUGUGCAUCCCCUGGAGGUCCCCUUGCACCCAUGACGCUGCCUUGAUCAGCAAGUACAACUUCCUCAAGUGUUGCAACGAUGGAGCCUGCAAAUGCAAUUUGUGGGGCAACAACUGCAGAUGUGAAGCAACCCUAGGUAGAUAG